CUUCCGCUCUCUCUUCCACUGGAGGCCUACACGCCGCCGCUGGUGCCGCCGCCAUGUCUCUAGUGAUCCCUGAGAAGUUCCAGCACAUUCUGCGAGUACUCAACACGAACAUCGAUGGGCGGCGGAAAAUAGCCUUUGCCAUCACUGCCAUUAAGGGCGUGGGACGAAGGUAUGCUCAUGUGGUGUUGAGGAAAGCAGACAUUGACCUCACCAAGAGGGCUGGAGAACUCACUGAAGAUGAGGUGGAACGUGUGAUCACCAUUAUGCAGAAUCCACGCCAAUACAAGAUCCCAGACUGGUUCUUGAAUAGACAGAAGGAUGUGAAGGAUGGGAAGUACAGCCAGGUUCUGGCCAAUGGUCUGGACAACAAGCUCCGGGAAGAUCUGGAGCGGCUGAAGAAGAUUCGGGCCCACCGAGGGCUGCGCCACUUCUGGGGCCUUCGUGUCCGAGGCCAGCACACCAAGACCACUGGCCGCCGGGGCCGCACUGUGGGUGUGUCCAAGAAGAAAUGAGUCUGUAGGCCUUUUCUGUUAAUAAAUAUUUCUAUACCAUGA